GCAACACUGCCGUCAACUUUGCUGAACGGAAGUACCAGUGCUGUCACGCGCCGUCAUCAAUUGUCAGAGAAAACAACUUUACCUCUCUCUUUUCCGGCCUGUAUGGUGUUUGUCUGAACACAUUUUUGUUGAGGCACACGGCAGACAACAAAUAACCCGCCAAGAUGGUGAAGGGUAAUCAUAUGAUUUCUAAUGGCCACUUCCAUAAGUACUGGCAGCGGCACAUUCGCACCUGGUUUAACCAGCCGGCUCGCAAGUUCCGCAGAAGGCAAAACCGCAUCAAGAAGGCGAAACGAGUCUUCCCCCGUCCGGCCAAGGGUCCGAUCCGCCCGAUCAUCCGUUGCCCGUCGCAGCGCUACAAUACCAAGAUCCGUGCGGGUCGUGGAUUUACCCUUGCCGAGCUGAAGGGUGCCGGACUUUCGAAGAACUUCGCACGAACCGUUGGCAUUGCGGUGGAUCCGCGCCGUCAGAACAAGUCGGUCGAAAGCCGCCAGCAGAAUGUGCAGCGUCUGAAGGAGUAUCGCAGCAAGCUGAUCCUGUUCCCGAUCCACCGCAACAAGAAGCCACGCAAGGGCGAAUCGACACCGGAGGAGUGCAAGCUGGCCAAGCAGUUGAAGAGCACGGUGAUGCCGAUCCGCAACCCACGCCCGAAGGUGACGUUGGAGCGGAUCACGGAGGAGCAGAAGAAGUUCAGCGCGUUCCAGGCACUGCAUCAGGCACGUCUGCACGCCCGAUACUUCGGUGCCCGUGCCAAGAAGGCGAAGGAUGCGGCGGAGAAUGAAAACAACCAGCCCGGCGGUGGUGGUGACAAGAAGGGCAAGAAGUAAACGCGGAUGCUCCGGGUGGUGACGAAUCCGUUUUAGCUCUUUAGUCCGACCACAACUCUUCUGUUCUCUGUUGCCGUAAGCCGGGCGAUCACCAUCAUCGUACGCUGUAGUGCACGCGUUUUUGAUCGCGCGUGCUUGCCGUGUUCCGGCAGAUGGAGGAAACAAAGCUAAUAAAUACUAUUCCCCCUUACUUGAUGAGCGAUUUUAUUGUCGAGAAAGGAGCUAAACAA